CAAUUGUAUAAAUAUACGUCUGUCUAAUGAGAACCAGUAUUAUCAUCAGAAAUGGAGAACAUGGUGUUCAUGAAAGUUGUUUUUUUUGCCUUCUUGUUGUCCCUCUCAUGUUUGAUGGAGGGAGAAGCAAGAGUUAGUGGAAAAAUGAAAGAUGUAACAAUACAACGUGGAGGAUCUUGCACCAACGACAAUACUUGUCACGAUACAUGUCCGGGAUGUAAGAACACACAAUGUAUUUUCAGCCAGUGUGUUUGUUCUGAAUGUAACACUCCACGAACAAGUUUACGUGUUGAAUCUCAUACGUAAACUUAUUUCUAUUAUUUACCCAAAUUUGUGAU